AACCCUGCAACUCAAUCAAACCUAUAGGAAUGGCGAAGAAGAAUAAGAAGCAGACAACAGAUGCCGAGGUCGAGCCACAGUUCAACGGCGACACUGAUGAUUCUCACACUAAGAAGAAGCUUAAGAAAAAGAAGAACAAGAAAAUACCCACAGUUACCAUGGCCGUGCCUGCUUCCAUCAUCGACAACGUUCAAACUCUCGAACUCGCUACUCGGUUGGCUGGUCAAAUUGCUCGCGCCGCAACUAUUUUCCGAAUCAACGAGGUGGUUGUGUUUGACAAUAAAACUAAACCGGAUGAUGAUUCCGUGAUGGAUAAUUCAGAUGAUGAAAGUAGUGCUGCUUUUCUGAUGCGAAUAUUGCAGUACCUCGAGACACCUCAGUAUUUGAGGAAGGCUCUGUUUCCAAUGCAUAACAGCCUAAGAUUUGUGGGCCUGUUGCCACCCCUUGAUGCUCCACACCAUUUGCGCAAACACGAGUGGGGACCGUAUCGAGAAGGUGUUACAGUAAAAGAAAGAGACUCAAACUCUGGGGCAACGCUAGUUGAUGUUGGGUUAGUGAAGAAUGUUACAGUUGACCAAAUAUUUGAACCUGGAAGAAGAGUUACUGUUGCCAUGGGUACCAAUCGCAAUUUGGAUUCUGAUUUACCACGCCAGGUUGUCUCGUCAUCCAAGCCUAGGGAAGAAGGAACAUAUUGGGGAUAUCAAGUGCGUUAUUCACAUAAUAUUAGCUCAGUAUUUAAGGAUUGUGCAUACAAGGGUGGCUAUGAUUUUAUUAUUGGUACCUCUGAGCAUGGUCAGAUUAUUAAGUCAUCUGAUCUUGAAAUACCUUCUUUCAGACAUUUAUUGAUUGCCUUUGGUGGACUGGCUGGGUUGGAAGAGAGUAUUGAAGAAGAUGAUAACUCGAAGGGGAAAAAGGCACAGGAUAUAUUUAAUUUAUAUUUAAAUACAUGUCCAAAUCAGGGGAGCCGAACAAUUCGAACAGAGGAAGCUAUUUUUAUCUCUCUUCAGUACUUCCAAGAACCAAUCAACCGAGCAUUGCAAGGUUGAAUAUUGUAUAAGUUUUAAAAUUCGUUUAGUUAAGGCACUGAUCCUCCAAAUUAAGGAUGACACUGAGACAAAGGCAUUAGUUCAAAACCCAAAGUAGAAAUUGUCUCUAUGCCUCAUCCCAAAGUGGCUGUUAUGUGGCAGGAUUCUUCGUUCAGACUCUUUUGGAUGUUGUAACGCAAUCUGUUGUUUACCUAGGUUGCAAAACUUGCAAAUAGAAGUGUUGCAUCUAUACAUGUGACUCGGUAAUGGGAAUUGCUAUUUUCAUUUUUAUUUUUAAGAAGAAAGAUCCAUUAUAUAAUGAAGAUCAUGGAAGGCUGACCAAGCCAAAAUGUCAUGGUCUACAUCAGCUUGUGCUUGGGAAAACACUUCCUCAAGCCAAACCAUCUCGUGUAGAGAGAGCAUGUCUAGCUAACCGGUCUGCAACUAGAUUGCAAUUCCUACUGAUGUGUCAGUUUUGCUAUAGUAUUUUUACCUGUUUGGGAAUGGAUAUUGAAUCUAUUGUAUAAACUCGUAUUACAUCGGAAGGAAGAGAUGUAAGAUGCUAAUGUUAUGCACGAUUGUGUUAAGCUUCAUGAAUCAUGAUCACUCUGCGUUUGUUCGGA